CCCCGCCCUCUGCUGUUGGCUGCCUAGUCUGUCGAGGCCUUCCUCAGUGUCCUGUCGGAAAAGAGCCCGCCGCCCUGACGCCGCGCCCGGGCCUGAGCUUAAGAAAAAAAAAAACUAGCGCCACCACAAGAGGAAGAAGAGAGAGCAAGAGCAGCAGUGACGCGGCGGAGGUGUAGUUUGACGCGGUGUGUUACGUGGUGGGGAAGAGAAUAAAAAAAAGCCCAGCGAGAUCCCAGCCGCGAACGAAAGCAGUGACGGAGGAGAGGCAGUGUAACCCGGUAUCCAUGGCGGCUGCACAUGCAACCUCAUCUGCUCCUACAGUAACAUUAGUUCAGUUACCCAAUGGACAGACAGUUCAAGUUCAUGGAGUUAUCCAAGCUGCACAGCCUUCUGUCAUACAGUCCCCACAAGUACAAACAGUGCAAAUUUCCACUAUUGCUGAAAGCGAAGAUUCUCAAGAAUCAGUAGACAGUGUUACUGACUCUCAAAAACGCAGAGAAAUUUUGUCCAGGAGACCAUCAUACAGAAAAAUUUUAAAUGACUUGUCUUCAGAUGCUCCAGGAGUACCAAGAAUUGAGGAGGAAAAAUCAGAAGAAGAAACUUCGGCUCCUGCUAUCACAACAGUUACUGUUCCAACUCCUAUCUAUCAAACCAGCAGUGGACAGUAUAUUGCUAUUACCCAAGGAGGAGCAAUACAGCUUGCUAACAAUGGUACAGAUGGAGUGCAAGGACUUCAGACAUUAACCAUGGCUAAUACAACAGCAUCCCAACCAGGAACCACCAUUUUACAAUAUGCACAGACCACAGAUGGACAGCAGAUACUUGUUCCUAGCAAUCAAGUUGUUGUCCAAGCUGCCUCAGGAGAUGUACAGACAUACCAGAUCCGUACAGCACCUACCAGCACUAUUGCACCAGGAGUGGUAAUGGCUUCUUCUCCUGCACUUCCUGCCCAGCCUGCUGAAGAGGCUGCACGAAAACGAGAAGUGAGGCUUAUGAAAAACAGGGAAGCAGCACGGGAAUGCCGCAGAAAGAAAAAAGAGUAUGUCAAAUGCCUAGAGAACAGAGUAGCGGUCCUUGAAAACCAAAACAAGACACUGAUAGAGGAACUGAAAGCACUUAAAGACCUUUACUGCCACAAAUCUGACUAGGAGGGUAUUAAGAUUUUUAUUUUUCACCUUUCUAAUAAAAAGACUGGUUUGACUUCAGCAGGACAGACAGUAAAAUGUUAUUUUCUACAACUUUCUCUUAUGCGCUAAACUGCCUGUUUGCAACUUCAGGAUUUAAUUCAUGUGUGCUAUUAGGCCAUGAAUGUUUCCUGUCUCCAAGCCCAAGGAAGUAAAUGACACCUUCAUUGUACAUGGUCAAGAAGAGGAAAAUUAUUUUUUAAUGCGUUUAUUUGUUACCCUCAUCAUCCAUCGGCUAAAAGUCUGUAGUAAUGAAAGAAUGCUUGUUGGGCCCCUGCCAGUGCUACAUCUCAAGAGUCAUCUUCAUACUGUAGUUUGGGGACUGUUAUAUUCAUAAGAACAUUUUUCAACUGGCCGAGUACAAACAUUCUUUGCUCCAGUCUUUGUCUUCAGCAUUACACACUGUUUAUGUUGAAAUUUGGCUAUUUGGUAAGGAACUGGUCUGUAGGAUCAAAACAUGAAAGAUACAUGCUUUUUAAGCCUUUUUUGCUUUAAGAAGGCACAACUAUUUGCUCUAGCGGAAGUCUUCUUUAACCCUGGAUUAUAAUAUUGAGCUCUGUAUCAUCUGUCAAUUGCUAGCCAAGGGAUAUAAUCAUGAUCAUUUUAUAGAUAGCUCUUCUAUUUCCAGCAUUUUUGCAGAACUCCAUUGGGAGAGCCUUUUCAAGCACACCUGAGGUACUAUAAAUAUAGCUUUUACACAAGUAAAAUGUUAAAGUUUGCAUUUUUUUUUUCUAAUAUGAAUAUCUGCAUAUAUGAUAUAUGCAUGUCAAAAGCACCCUUCAAAAAGUCUACAAAUCUGUUUCCUAUGGGUAGCUCUGAAAUUGUCCUAUAAUGAAUUCAAAAUGAUUUCUAAACGUACUGUACCUCUGUAGGUUCUCUGUCACCAGCAGCCCAUGGUGGAGAUUUUUUUGGGUGACUUCAACAUGCAUAAUUAUCAAUUAUCCCACUGUGUAAAAAGAAACAUAUAUUCUUCAAAUAUGAAAUGGUGAAAAAGAAAAGUAAUAUAAUGUGGAAUUAUUAAUAUUAUCAGAAUUGUCAUUUUGAUAUCUGCUCUAAAACCAAUAGCAUCCAUUUCCUCCAGGUCCUGCUCUCUGCAUUAUUUUUUUUUUUAAUUGAUGCUUCUUUGUGUUUGGGAUUUGUCAGUCAUGUAUAAUAUUUUAUGUUUAAUAGAAUGAUCAUGUACAAUUUGAAAUACAUUUUGUAUUUUAAAACUAUGAUGUACUGUGUGCAUCAAAUUAUUUUUGGGGGGGGGGGGGGGGGGUGAGCGCAAGAUAAAUGUGUUUGUGUGCAAUUGUAUAUUAUCAAUCAGAAGUUGGAAACCAGGGUAUCAUUCAAGUACUUUCAGAAAUGAAGAAACUUGACACAACAUCUGUUUUAGUACCUUAUUCCAUCCUUCUGUGUAUUAGAGAAUGAAUGUGUAAGGAAUGAUGAGUGAAGCAGUGAAGCUACCCAUGCAUAUGUUUUAUUAUAAUUUCACCUACUAUGCAGUGCAAGAUAAUGGGGAAACAUGUCUGCAAUAUGCAGGACAUAAUGUUGGAUUUAUUUCCAGUUGUAUAAUUAUAGUUAAAGCAACAGUGUUUGUAAUACUUAUUUUAAAAUUACAUUAUAACUUGCA